GCAGUGUACACUGUCAUUACUGUAAGGUGAACUUUGCACGAACUCAUCCGCACAGUGUAACCAGGGUUAACCAGACAAACAGGCAAAUACAGAGAGAGGAAGAGAGGGGAACAAGCUGUCACCCUGGACACUUAUUUACAACCAUACAUCCUCAACAAAAAAAGAAAAAAAAGCCAAACAAACAGGACUGACAAGAGAGAAAGAGACCAUGGCAAUCGGCAAGACCUCCAAGAAAUCUGUCAAAGGUCAAAAAUUCCUGGAUCGGGCCAGUGGGUUCUACGGGCACCUGGAUGAGCCAGAGGUGUUGCCAGAGUGGGUGGGGGAGAGAGGGAUGAGGGAGGCAGGGAUGGAAGGAGGAGGCAGGGAGCACGCACGAAUGAAGGGGGCCGAAGGGAAGCAGGAGCCGGGUGUCUUUGACUUCAACCAGGGGAUGCUGGAGGACGAUGGCACGGCAAUGCUUCUGAGGACGAGGCUCAGCUGGCGGAGCAGUCGCUGGAGGAGGCGGAGCUCCAGGAGACUCUUGGAGGAGGGGGCAAAGCCGGAGCCCCCUGCCCAGGAGCUGGAGGAAGAGCCUCCACCCCAGGCCAUAGAAGUGAGCCCGCCCCAUAUGGAUGCGGGGAGGCUAGCUGAGCGGUCUGUGGUCCAUUUCUUCAUCAGGGAGGAGGCAGAUGACCAGAUUUUGAUCUCUGGAAAGGCAGAGAGGGAGAUGGAAGGCCAGCCAGGGGAGGAAGAGAUGAAGGUGGCAAAGAGAAGGACACUGAAGAACUACCGCAAGACCCUCGACCGAGCCCUCCGCAGAGGCUGGCAGGCCUUCAUCACCAACUUACACAGUGUUACUCUCACGCCUGUCGCAUCAACAUCGUCAUCUUCGCCAGCUAAAGUGUGUCAUGGCUCUGCAAUAAUAGAGUACCAAUAA